GAACCCCUUAGGGAGUUGCCAGUCUGUGCAAGGAAUUACCAAAAUGCUAAAGACCUCGCGUUUACAUAAAAUUAUAAAUAAAGAUGUGUUUUUUAGAUGCUUGAGACUGCGGAGUACGGCCGUCGAAUUGGGUCAGAGCUCGCGACAGAAGGCGUGGCUGAUCGCCAGAGAGCGGUACCGGGGUCAUGACCACGUUCAUUACAGCUCUGUUUUGGAGACCAAACUGAAACCAUCUUAUACGAUUCCCGAGGCCACACCGCCUCUUCCCGAGGACUGGAUGGACGACUACGAGUUCUACAAGGGUGCCCAUAGUGGGGCAGACAAGCAGGGCACUCCAGAUCCCUCGGUUUCCGCCUCCAAAGUUCCCUGCAACGGAUGCGGCGCUAACUUGCACUGCUCCAGUGCCACCUUGCCCGGCUACAUACCGAGUGAAAUAUUCCGCGGUAGGACGCAAGAUGAGCUUCGGACCAUUAUAUGUAAGCGGUGCCACUUCUUGAAACACUACAACAUUGCCCUCGACGUGGAGGUCGCUCCAUCGACCUAUGUGGACACCAUAUCCCGCAUUAAGGACAAAUAUGCACUGGCCAUUGUGCUAGUGGACUUGCUGGAUUUCCCCAGCUCCAUUUGGCCAGGCAUGCAAAGUGUACUGGGCACAAAACGACCCGUUUUUCUUGUGGGCAAUAAGGUGGAUCUACUGCCACGCGACUCCAACAUCUACCUACAGCACAUCAAGGAUUCCCUCCAGCGAGAAUUCGUUAGAUACGGCGGUGGCGACGGUCUUAAUAUUAAGAACGUCAGUCUUAUAUCUGCCAAAACGGGCUAUGGCGUCGAGGGGCUCAUCACGCAGCUGCACAAGACAUGGGCCUACAAGGGGGACGUUUAUCUACUGGGCUGUACCAAUGUCGGCAAAAGCUCGCUGUUUAACAUUUUACUCAACUCGGACUAUUGCCGGCCGGAGGCCAGUGGCCUGGUGCGGAAGGCCACCACUUGUCCCUGGCCGGGCACCACACUGAAACUUCUACGGUUUCCCAUUUUACGUCCGUCCAGUGAUCGCAUUUACUUGCGCUUUAAGAGAUUAGUUUCUGAACGAAGUGAGAAGGCGGCGAUGGAGAUGGAGCGGCGCGCAGCUGCUCGGGAAACGAGGUCAGCUGCAGCUGCCCAGCCCGCUGGUUCCGUUGGACGCACUUUUGAUCGGCGCGAUGAUGUCAAUGAUGCUUUCUCGAUGGCCAGUGGGUGCCGGCCCAAUACCACCCUAAACGAACGCCAGAAGGAGUACAAGGAGGCGCGCUGGGUCUACGACACUCCCGGAGUGAUGCAUCCCGACCAACUGACACCCCUUCUUACGACAAAAGAGCUGCAACGGCUGCAGCCCUCUACAAUGAUCCGCCCCAGAGCUUUUCGUCUGCGACCUCAGAUGAGCAUCCUAAUGGGAGGACUGGCCCGUCUUGAUCUGUUAGAUAUAAAAAGCUCAAAAAAACAGUUUGACUGGUUAAAGGUUUUUGUGUUUGCCUCGGAGAAACUACCCGUGCUAAUUACAGACACCGAGGCGGCGGAAGAAGUGUACAAAAAAUAUUUGGGAACACCAUUCCUGGGAGUUCCCUCUACCGAUGAGAAUUGGGAGGCUCGCCUUCAGAGUUGGCCAGGGUUACAGUGCAAACAAGAGGAUAUUGUGCUAACAAGCUGCGAGAGAAAUGAGGGGCGGCUCAACUGUGAUAUUACACUUAGCUCUGCGGGCUGGAUGGGAUUGCUACUGCCCGGUCAUUCUGAGUGUCGUCUUCGAGCGUGGACACCAAAGGCGGCUGGCAUUUACAAACGCGAACCAGCCUUAAUACCCCUAGCCGAUCGAUUGGUGGGAAAGCACAUUAGAUACUCCUUGGCAUAUAACACCACAAAACCAUUUGUUUUUAAAAAAUAAAAGUGUUUAUUUAAA